UUCGUCACCGUCGGCACGACGUCGUUCGACGCCCUCGCGCGCGCGAUGGACGACCCUCGAAUCGUCGACGCGCUCGUUCGUAAAGGCUUUACUGGAUUAACGAUGCAAAUCGGACGCGGCGCCUACCGUCCUCGACGCAUCGCGAACGCGCGCGCGUUCGACGUCGAAAUAGUCGACUACUUACCGAGCAUCGAUCGUGAGAUCGCGCGGGCGGCGCUGGUGAUCUCGCACGCGGGAGCUGGGUCGGUGUUCGAGACGCUGCGCGCGAGACGGCCGCUGUUGGUCGUGGUGAACGAGACGCUGAUGGAUAAUCAUCAACGCGAGCUCGCGGAGGAGCUCGGGGAAAGGAAGUGCUUGCGGUGGUGCGUGCCUGAGGGGUUGCUGGAAGCGAUCGAGGCGUUA